GUAGAUGGAGAGGGCAGGCCCAGUCACUGGAGGAACAUCUGUGACUCCACAGCCUCCCCAAAUCCACCUCCUUCAGUCUAGUGCUUCGCAAAACCCUGGCCAUGGAACACCUAUGAGGGCGUAACGGGGACUUCAUUCAGCAGGAGUUCCACUCCUCACACAUGAGUUCUGGUGCAAAAACUGGAGCUUGGCACUUCAGGAACAUGGGUUGCAAAACAAGAUCCAUGCAUUUUGUCUUUUGGUGUCUGUGCUUCAUGCUCCUUACCUUAUUUUGCACAGCACAGGAUGAGGACAUGAGAUUAAGUUGCAGAACGGCACCGAGUGAUUUAGUAUUCAUAGUUGAUGGCUCGUGGAGUGUGGAUGACACCAACUUUGAGAUAGUCAAGUGGUGGCUGGUGAACAUCACCACAAGCUUCAAUAUUGGUCAGAAGUUCACCCAGAUCGGGGUGGUCCAGUACAGCGAUGACCCCGUGUUACAUAUACCGCUGGGGAAACACCACUCAGUCAGAGACCUCAUCAAAGCUAUGGAAUCUAUUGAUUACAUGGGGGGCAACACCAACACAGGAAAAGCCAUCAAGUUUGCCAACGACAAGUUGUUUGCCCUUUCUGAACGAGCUCCGAACGGAGUCGCAAAAAUUGCUGUGGUUUUGACGGAUGGGAAAUCACAAGACGGAGUGCAGGAAGCCGCAGAGGCUGCGAGGAAAAAAGGGAUAAUCCUCUUUGCAAUCGGUGUCGGGUCUCAGACUGAAGAGUCAGAGCUGAUGGAAAUUGCCAACAAGCCAUCCUCAACUUAUGUCUUCUAUGUGGAAGACUAUAAAGCCAUCUCCAAGAUCCGUGAAGUAAUCCGGCAGAAGCUGUGUGAAGAGACUGUGUGUCCCACAAAGAUCCCGAUAGACUCUCGGGAUGAGAAGGGAUUUGAUAUUCUGCUGCACCUGAACUUGGCCAAGAAAACUAAAAGGACACAAGGAUCAUUUUAUGGAACCAAAGCUUACCAAGUGACAUCCCGAGUGGAUCUGAGUGAGAACACCAGGACUUUAUUUCCCGACGGGCUUCCACCAUCGUAUGUGUUUGUGGCCACGCUUAAGUAUAAGGGCUCUGUGCUGACGGAGGAGUGGGAUCUGUGGCGGAUACAGACGACAGACGAGAGGCCGCAGAUGGCUGUCACUCUAAACGGCUUGGAUAAAACAGUCAUGUUCACAACUACAAGCAAAGCACCAAGCGGAAUACAGACAGUAGUUUUCACAAAGUCUCCAGCGAGGAAACUGUUUGAUGAGAAAUGGCAUCAGCUGCGUCUCCUGGUAACGGAGGAUGAUGUCACUCUUUAUGUUGAUGACCUGGAAAUUGAAACUCUGGUGUUGGAACCCCCUAUUGGCAUUUUCAUCAAUGGCAAGACACAAGUUGGUAAAUACGUCAGUAAAGAAACAACUGUACCGUUUGAAAUACAGAAACUGAGGAUCUACUGUGACCCUGAGCAGAAUAACAGAGAGACUGCUUGUGAAAUACCUGGAGUUUGUGCUGAUGUAUCAGAUUAUAUCGACCCAACCCCAGAACCAUGUGUCUGCCCUCCUGGGCCACCUGGAGCUCCAGGCCUGAAGGGAGAGGCAGGAAGAGCCGGAGAUCCGGGUAAAGCUGGUCUUGCUGGUGCUGAUGGUAAGCCUGGUUUACCUGGACCAAGAGGAAGUCCCGGCCUUCAAGGUCCUCCUGGCAUGGAGGGGCCACGCGGAACAGAUGGAUACAAGGGGGACAAGGGAAGUGCUGGGGAGCCAGGUGAAAGAGGUGUUUCAGGCUUACCUGGGCCUCCAGGUCAACCAGGUGAAAAGGGGGCUACUGGUUUUCAGGGUGGUCAAGGCCUGCCAGGCAAAGAUGGAAAAAUGGGUGAAAAAGGAAGCAGUGGACCUGCUGGUCCACCUGGAUAUCCAGGGGAACCAGGACUGUCUGGACAAAAUGGGAAAGAUGGAAUUCCAGGAGGAACAGGUGAAAAGGGAGAUACAGGACCUCCUGGAAUUCCUGGCCUAGAUGGAAGACAAGGACAUCCUGGAAUGCCAGGACUGCCCGGCAGUGAAGGCCCAAGGGGAUUUAAGGGUGAAGACGGCUUGCCAGGCCCGAAGGGAAACAAAGGGACACCUGGUAACAAUGGUGAGAUGGGUUUGCCUGGAAUUCUUGGGCCUUCUGGAUUACCUGGACCGAAGGGCAGUAAAGGAGAUAAUGGUGAAGCUGGUCGACCAGGAUUUACUGGGCCACAGGGCCAGGCUGGUGAGCCAGGGAGCCCAGGUCAGCCGGGACAUCCUGGAAUGCCGGGAAUAAAAGGACAUAAGGGAGAGAGCGGAGAACCAGGUGAAAGAGGGGGAGAGGGUGUGAAAGGGGACAAAGGAGACACAGGAAAACCUGGUGAAAAAGGUUUGACUGGGGCAACUGGCCAAAAAGGAGAGAAAGGGACAACAGGAGAGUCUGGCCAGAGGGGACAGAUAGGCCACCAGGGACAACCGGGACAACCCGGGCUGCCCGGUCCCAGUGGACCAAGAGGACAGAAUGGGGACUCUGGCCCCCCUGGACAACCUGGACCUGAAGGACGACCAGGCAGAGAGCUGUCUGAGCAACACAUUCAGCAGAUAUGCAGAGAGGUCCUUCGAUCUGAGAUUUCCUCAUUUCUACUGAGCAGUCAGCACAGUCAACAGAGAGGUUGCGACCACUGUUAUACAAGGACAGGUCCUCCUGGACUACCAGGGCCUGUAGGUCCCCAAGGUUCAAGAGGUUUUCCAGGAGUGCCAGGAUCUAAUGGGUUGCUGGGACCUCGUGGCUUACCUGGGAGGCCUGGUAUCCCUGGCAUGAAAGGUGAUUCAGGAGAAAAGGGCGACAGGGGAAGUCAAGGUCGAGCAGGAAUCGGAGACCCAGGCCCACCAGGACUCACAGGUCCAAUGGGUCCACCGGGGGUCAGUAAAGCAGGUCAUCCAGGAAAACCGGGCCUGUCUGGCCAUAAUGGAGAGGAGGGUAAAAGAGGAUAUCCUGGAGAACCUGGACCACCUGGUGUGUGCCAUCCCUCCAUGUGCUAUGGUGCAAUGUUUAGAAGAGAUUCCUUCAGUAAAGGCCCAAACUAUUGAAGCAACCUUUGAUGAAACAUGGACGACCUGUCUGGAUGUGGUGCUCAGAGAAUGAGAGAAAAGUUAACAGCAAACAUUUUCAAUCUCAGGAUUAUCAUUUUUUUCAAUGGUGUCUCUAAUAUAGAGACAUCAAGUACCUCUAAUAGUGUAAAUAAUUAAUGCACACAUGAAACAUGGCAAUGCCAAAACAAUAUCACAACCUGUAACUGUUUCUCCACUUGCCUUUCUGUAAUCUGAAUAGUGCCAUGAGUUACUUCAUGUAUUUUAUGUUUUGUUUGUUUAGUUUUGUUUCUAUCUUUUAAAAUACAUCAGACCAAUAUUAAAAGAAUCUAGAAUCUCGAGCACUGUAAUGCUUGCAGAUUGCUUUGAAUUGAACAAAUGGCACUACUUGUUUCCUGACUCUGUAGCUCCCCCCAGUGUUUGUCUGUAGCUUUUCAACCAUCCUGUAGUAUCACACCUUUUUUAUAACUGCUUUAUUUAAUAUGCUGAAGAUGCAUUGCCUGGUAAGACCUCCAUUCUAGACAUCCUGAUGUCUCAUUUUUUCCGUAGCUUAAAUGUAAGCCAUGAACCUGCAUGCUUUUUCCUUCAGGUUUGCUGUCUGUCUGCUAAUCUGUUGAGUGAUUGCCUUACUUACCUUCAUAUGGGAGUAAAAUAAGAGUGUAACAAUAGAACAGCAUCUUUCCCAUUUAGGUAACUGUAUUAUCUUCAUCAUGGAUUUAAAUGUGAGCUUGUUUUAAAAAGAGUUAGUACUGCUUUGCUGUUAUGAACCAUGAUUGUCUUGUGGUUGUUUCUCCAAAAAGUAAAACUUUUUAGAUAUUCUUAUGAACAGAUAAUUUCACUUUUUAAAAUAUUUUGUAAUGUUUGAAUUAUUAUUUUUAAUGUGUUUUUAUAAUUUUUAAUAAUAUUAAUAAAACUUUUUUAUUAA